AUGUCUGCUCCGCCGCCCGACGCGCCCGGUAUUGAGCCCGGGUCGUCGCCAAAACAGGUUGUUUCCCAGGCUGCCUCUUCUGCUGCUCCAUACGUCGCAAUCACUUCUUCUGCAAAACCUCCAGGUGAUACCGACUCUGCAAUCAAAACUGGAACCGCUAUCCCUGCAGCUUCUUUGGCAAACCCGGCCUCUGUCAAUGCUGGGGUCCGUCAAGUUACCCAAAAUGCUCAGCAACAACAACAGCAACAACCGGUACCCGUCAAAACACCUUCCUCUGCUCAGCCAGUUGCUCCACCCGGCGCUCCAGCUUCUACAAAAACUCCCCCCACUAGCUCCGGCGCAAUUCCUCCCGCAGCAACAAAGUCUUCUGCCACUCCACCAUCAUCCAAACCUUCUUCUGCCACACCAGCUCAAGCUUCAAUCACAGACAAAAAUGCCGAGGCUUCUCAGACAAUUGCCAAACCUAAGGCCCCAACUUUUGCUGCUGCCACAGGUUGGAAACAAGUGGGUGGCUGGGUAGAAGACAGCUCCAUCUCUGCCGAAGAAUCCCAAGAUCUUUUGGACCGCGCAACCCUCCUCGAAGCCUACAUUUCGGACCGAUUUUACGGCGACUGGUACCACAAUACCGCCCUCAUUGUUUUGACUGCCUUUUACUCGUGGCUCGUUGGUAAAUUUGGUGGUGGUCUAGCAUGGCUCUUUAUUGUUCUCGCCUUUACUGCUACCGUCUACCGUACCUCCAUUCGCCGCUUGCGUACCCGUGUCCGUGAUGACUUGGUCCGUGAAAGCUCUCUCCGCAAACUCGAAACCGACAUGGAAACUAUGGAAUGGCUUAACGCCUUCUUGGUCAAGUUUUGGCUUAUUUACGAACCUGUUCUUUCUGAAACUCUUGUUGGAACCGUCAAUAACAUUCUUGCUGGCUCUACACCUUCCUUUAUUGAAGGCCUCUCAAUUGAAACUUUUACCCUUGGAACUAAACCCCCCAGAAUUGAAUUUGUCCGUACUCAUCCUCGUACUGAUGAAGACAUUGUUGUCAUGGACUGGAAAGCUUCCUUUAUUCCUAAUGAUCUCGAUGACCGCACCCUCAAGCAACUUCGUGAAAAAGUCAACCCGAAAAUCGUUCUUGCUGUUCGCAUCGGUAAAGGUGCUAUUUCAAAGGCUAUCCGCAUCAAUGUCGAAGAUAUUAUGUUUUCUGGCUUGGCCCGUAUCCGCUUGAAACUCAUUACAACCUUCCCCCAUGUUAAAACGGUUGACGUUCAAUUCAUGCAGCCUCCAGAGUUUGACUUUUCCCUCAAGCCUAUUGGUGCCGAUAUCACUAUGAUUCCAGGCCUUAAAGAUUUCAUCCAAUCUACUGUCCAUGCCAACUUGGGACCCAUGCUUUACGCUCCCAACUCAUUCCAACUUAAUAUUGAGGAACUUAUGGCUGGCGCUGGUGCCGAUUCCGCCAUUGGUGUUCUUGCAGUUACCGUUUUCAACGGCCAUGGUAUUAAGGGUAGUGAGGCUAUUGGUAACACCAUUGACCCUUACAUUGUCUUUAGUAUCAACAAUCGUGCUGAGCUUGCUCGUUCCAAAAUUCUCCGCAACACUAAGAAUCCUGUUUGGAACGACACCCGCUAUGUCCUUGUUAACAACCUUUCAGAAAGUCUCACCAUGGCUCUUUUUGACUUUAAUGACAUUCGCAAAGAUAAACUCAUUGGUAAUUUGAAUGUCCCUCUUGAAACUCUCGAGUCUAAGCCUGACCAGGAAUCUCUUUCUGGUGAAAUCCGAGACGGUACAAAAUCUAAAGGUGCCGUUAAUUAUGAAAUGCAUUGGUUCCCCGUUCUCGAAGGUCGCAAGCUUGAUGAUGGAUCUACUGAACCUCCUCCAGACUCUCGCACUGGUAUUCUCAAGCUUUGGGUUCACCAGGCAAAGGAUCUAGAUGUUUCAAAGUCUCUUGUUGGCCAGCUUUCUCCCUACGUUGACAUGCUUGUUAACGGUAACCUCAUCCACCAAUCCAAGUCUCUUAAGCGCAUUAACUCUCCUGUUUGGGAAGACAGCUUUGAGUUUCUUGUUAGUGAUAAAAACCACUGCACCAUUGGCGUCCGCAUCAAAGACUCCCGAGGUCUUGCUACUGAUCCCGUUAUUGCCACUUACCAAAUUAAGUUACCUAAGCUUUUGGAGAGUCUUGGAAAAGGCGAUGACUGGUUCAACCUUACCUCUAUGGGCCGUGUUCGUCUUGGUGCCACUUGGAAACCUGUUGCUCUCAAGGGUGGUGAUGCCAUGCGCAACUAUGUUGAGCCCAUUGGUGUUCUUCGCUUCCAUCUCAUUAAAGGUGUCGACAUGAAGAACCUUGAAACUAUUGGUAAGGUCGAUCCUUACGUUCGUGUCUUUGUCAAUGGCUUCCAACGUGGACGUACUGUUGCUAUCGAUGAUACCUUGGACCCUGUUUGGGAUGAGGUUAUUUAUGUGCCUGUUCACAGCGAUUCUUCACGUGUUGUUCUUGAAGCUGUUGAUGCUGAAAACAUUGGCAAGGACCGUACUCUUGGUCAAUUUUCUUUCAACUCAAGUGAGUUCAUCAAGACUGACGAAAAGGGUAACUAUUUGCCUUUUGUUAACCGUCAGGUUCGCACUUCAAUGUUUUCCAUGGCUAAGAAGAGUCCCAAGGGUACUUUACACUACUCCGUUAGUUUCUACCCUUCUGUUCGUGUCAUGAACCCUGAUGACGCUAAGGAAAAGGCUGAGGAGGCCCGCAAGAAGGCCGAGGAGGAUGCCAAAAAGGCUGCUGCCGAACCAGCUAAGGAUGAAAAGAAGGAUGAGAAGAAGAACGAAAAGGAUGCUAAGGCUGCUGUUUCUUCUGAUGAUACUGCUACUCUUGCUGAGAAGGAGCCCGAAGAAGAGGAAUUCCCCGAUAUUCCUCUGUCCGAGCUCAUUAAGAGCCAAUCUGGUGUUUUUGCCCUGACCAUUUUAGACGCGCAACUUUCCGAGUCUGACACAUUCAUUCGCAUUCUUUCUGAUGCUAACGUGAAUCCGUGCUACUCGUCGCCGCGCAUCCAGUCUCGUAAGCAAUCGCUUGGAGAGACUGGUGAGGUCUCUGUCCUUGAACUUGACUGGUCACAGGUGCGUUUCCAAAUUACAACCAAGGUUAACAAGCCAAAGAAGGAUGAUAUUUUGGGAACUCUUUCUAUGUCUACCAUUUCACUUUUGAAGAAUGCAUACGACAAGCCUUUCGUUAUUAAUAUCAAAUCGUCGAGUGACCGCAUUGUUGCUUCUCUCACUGUCCGCGCUCGUUACUUCCCACUUCUCAUGGAACUGGAUCCCAGUGAGUCUAUUAACAACAUGGGCUCUCUUUCUCUUGAUAUUAUCAAGGCUGAUAAUGUUCCAGUUGCCGACCGCUCUGGUACUUCUGAUCCUUAUGCCGUUGUUCUCCUCAAUGGUGAAAAGGUAUAUAAGACUGAGAAGGUUAAAAAGACACUCAAUCCUGUUUGGAACGAAAACUGCCAAGUUGAUAUCAUGUCGCGUACUGCAGCUGAGUUUAUCAUUGAAGUUUACGACUGGGAUAUGGCUUCUGAUGAUGACUUUUUGGGCAAAGUCAAGGUUGAUUUGGCUCAGCUGGAGCCUCUCAAAAAGAUUAAUAUCACUAUUCCUCUUCAAGGUGAGUCUGGCACCAUUUCCCUUGGCUUGCUUUUCAGACCCAACUACAUUAUCCGUCGUGUUGAUUCCUCGGGUAUUAGUUCUACGUUUACAUCAAAUGUUCCUGGAAAGCUUGUGACAGGUGCAGCUUCCGGUGCCAUCAACGUUGUUGGUGGCGCUGCAGGCAUUGCAGGCGGUGCAGCCACUGGUGUUCUUGGCGGCAUCAAGGGCGGAGCUUCAAGAUUUACGGGUGCCUUCCGCCACAAGAAGAAUGGCAAUGGAGUUGGUGGCGGUGGCUUUUCACCAGAACCCACUGAUCAAGGUACUUUUACCCCUGUUGCCUCACUUACCCCAGAUCCCAACACUGUUCGCCAGCCAUUGUCACCCGGAAGCUUGUCGCCCUCUGGCGGCAGCAACAAUGACGAUGCGGCUUCAGUCAUGUUGCCUGGCAUGUUGCAGGGCCAGCUGGCUAUUGUUAGCGCGUCCGGCUUCAAGUCGGUGCACUUACAAGUGCGCACUGUUUUACUAAUUCCCGGCUCGCGUGGAAACAAGGAAAAGGAGGUGCUCAAAACUAAGUCCUACAAAACUGGAGCAGAUGGCGCUGUCAUUAAGCUGGACGAAAUCACUUCUUUCAAGGCAAGCCCUGAUACUCAGGUGCUCUUCAAGGUGUAUGAUCACAAGAAGCUGGGCCGCUCUGAGGAUGUUGGCGAGGGCACUUUCCCUAUUACCCACUUUGAAAGUGGGGUUCCUACAGCUGUUGAUGUUGGUUCAGGAUCUCUCAAUGUGUUGCUUAGCCUGAGAGAUAAAUAA